GCGGUAUCAUUUGCGACACAAGCUGCAUAAGUCAUCGUUUGUUUUCAACGACGAACUGUUUCAAUCAUUCCUCUGACCAUUUAUAUUAUUUAAAUUGUUUUGUUCAAAGUUUGUAUCGAUCGAAGACACCGCGAUGGGUAUUAAGGACCUAUAUAAAACAAUUGCCGACGCAGCACCAUCGUCCGUCAAAGAAAAUGAAAUCAAAAAUUAUUUCGGUCGAAAAAUCGCAAUCGAUGCAAGUAUGUGCUUGUAUCAAUUUUUGAUUGCUGUACGUUCCGAAGGAGCUCAAUUGACAUCGAUCGAUGGUGAAACGACAUCACAUUUGAUGGGAAUGUUUUACCGUACGAUUCGAAUGCUGGAUAAUGGAAUCAAACCGGUCUAUGUGUUUGAUGGAAAGCCACCAGAAUUGAAAUCGGGCGAACUAACAAAGCGGGCAGAAAAACGUGAAGAAGCUCAAAAAGCACUGGAUAAGGCAACUGAAGAUGGAGAUGCGGCCGAUAUGGAAAAGUUCAAUCGUCGCUUGGUUCGAGUAACAAAACAGCACAACGCCGAAGCAAAAGAAUUGCUCACAUUGAUGGGCGUACCGUACAUUGACGCCCCAUCCGAAGCAGAAGCAACGUGUGCUGCCUUGGUGAAAUCUGGAAAGGUCUAUGCCACUGCAACUGAGGAUAUGGACGCUCUGACAUUUGGAACAAAUAUUUUGUUGCGCCAUUUGACGUUCAGUGAAGCACGCAAAAUGCCAGUUCAAGAAUUUUACUACGAUAAAAUUCUUCAAGAACUCGAAUUCACACGUGAACAGUUUGUUGAUCUGUGCAUUUUACUUGGUUGCGAUUAUUGUGAGACCAUUCGUGGAAUUGGCCCGAAAAAGGCAUUCGAAUUGAUUUCAAAGCACAAAUGCAUUGAGGAAGUCCUUAAAAACAUCGAUCAAGGCAAGUACAUUGUUCCAGACGAUUGGAAUUACGAGCAAGCGCGUGAAUUGUUCAUUAAUCCCGAAGUUAUUGAUGCAGACAAAGUCGAGAUUAAAUGGACCGAUCCCGAUGAAGAAGGUUUGGUGAAAUACCUUUGCGGUGAUCGACAAUUCAACGAAGAACGUAUUCGUAGUGGUUGCAAGAAAAUUCUAAAGACACGCACAACAUCGACACAAGGGCGUUUGGACAGUUUCUUCAAGGUUCUUCCAUCGACACCAAACAACAAUAAGCGGAAAUCUGAUACAGCUCAAAAGGGUUCAGCAAGCAAGAAAGCCAAAACCGGUGCCAAAACACCACGACGCGGACCAAAGUAAAAAUACGUUCCAUUUCUCAUUUUCAUACCAUGUCUUCGUUGUUUACAUUAUUAUUUGAAAUUAAGAUGAAAAUACUGUGUAUCUGACAUGAAUUUAUGACAUUAAAUUACUACUGGAUAGUGGAUACUAGAAUUAUAUUUGAAUAAAUCGUAAUCGUUAGUCACGGUUCAAAUGAAUUUGAAAUGACCGUGAUUUUUUAUAAAUGUCAAACUCUUAUCAUGAUUAAACGUCAAUAACCAGCAUA